UUCAUCAAACCGCAAGGGGUAGAAACGAGAAGGUUGGUAGAGAAAAGAGACGGGGUUAAAUCUCAGUGCGAAAUUUGCCCGUCAUUGUGGGAGCGUUUCACUUCGGCUUAAUUUGGAGACGUUAGAGGGGAGUCCGAAAGCCUGGAAGAAGUUAGCAACACCUUUCCUCUCUCUCGGCUUCUUAUAGAUCGGCGAGUUUUUGGGUACUCGGCGAUGGAAGCCUGGGCUCUCCCCAGCUGUCGACGAUUUUUUGAGGAGCUCGUGCUGUUUUCGGCCGUCCACUUGUUCCGCUUCUCCGGUGGGCGAAGGAUCUGAAGUUUACCAGCUAAUCGGAGCCAGUUUGAUGGCGAUUUUACUCGUUUUUGGCUGAUUAUAUCUCCGUUACCUCCCAUAAAAUUGUAGCCUAUUAAUAACAGGCCGAAGGCAUGUGCGGUGGUCCGGAGCGCAUAAAGGCCUUCUCGGAAGAAACCCGAAGCUCCUCCCUCGCCAGAUCGAUGAGCCACCUCACCGUCGUCACCGACGACUGCUUCUCCAGUCUUCUCGAGCUCGCCGCGAACAACGACGCUGACGGCUUCCGCCGGUCCCUUGACCGGGACCCGUCUGCGGUCGACGAAGUCGGCAUGUGGUAUGGCCGCAAGAAGGGCUCCAACCAGAUGGUUCUCGAGCGGCGAACUCCCCUGAUGGUCGCCGCCACCUACGGCAGCCUCGAUGUUCUCCGCCUCAUACUUUCUCUUUCCGUCGUCGACGUCAACCGGGGCUGCGGCCGCGGCCCCGACAGCACCACUGCCCUCCACUGCGCCGCUUCCGGUGGCUCGGCGAACGCUGUCGAUGCUGUUAAGAUUCUACUUGCUGCCGGUGCUGAUCCUAAUGCUGUCGAUGCCAAUGGCCACCGGCCGGCGGACGUGAUCGUCGUGCCGCCCAAGUUGCGUGCUGUCAAAAUUGCUCUUGAAGAGGUACUUGGGGGUUCUAGCGGUGUUUCGGGUGGUGAGCAGCUGCGGCUGCAACAUGUUCUUCACGUGACUACGACGACUGCGGCGGCAGCGAGCUCGUCAAACUCGAACUCUCCACCCCUGUCGUCAUCCCCUGAUGAGGAUGGAUCCCCAUCAUCCGACUCCACCUCCUCCCCGAUGAAUGCUAAGUUUGCCGAUCUGCCCCCAUCUGCCAUCUCCGAGAAGAAAGAGUAUCCUGUCGAUCCGUCUCUGCCGGAUAUCAAGAAUAGCGUCUACGCCACUGAUGAGUUCCGAAUGUAUUCUUUCAAAGUCCGGCCUUGCUCGCGGGCCUACUCUCAUGACUGGACUGAGUGCCCGUUCGUCCACCCGGGUGAGAACGCCCGGCGGCGCGACCCAAGGAAGUAUCACUACAGCUGCGUCCCCUGCCCUGACUUCCGGAAGGGCACUUGCCGGCGGGGGGACAUGUGCGAGUACGCGCAUGGGGUGUUUGAGUGCUGGCUUCACCCGGCGCAGUACCGAACACGUCUCUGCAAGGAUGGGACCAGCUGCUCUCGCCGGGUCUGCUUCUUUGCUCACACCAAUGAGGAGCUCCGCCCGCUGUAUAUGUCGACUGGCUCGGCUGUGCCGUCGCCCUGGUCCUCUGCUUCUGCUGCAAUGGAGAUGGCGGCAGCCAUGGGUCUGAUGCCUGGGUCUCCGUCGUCGGUUUCGGUGAUGUCACCCUUCACACCACCCAUCUCGCCCUCAGCCAACAGCAUGGCCCACUCCUCUCUGGCCUGGCCGCAGCCCAAUGUGCCGACCUUGCACCUUCCUGGAAGCAAUCUCCAUUCUAGUAGGCUGCGCUCAUCUCUGAGUGCAAGGGACAUGCCGAUGGAUGACUUGUCGAUGAUGCCAGAUUUUGAUGCCCAGCAAGUGCUUAAUGAUCUGUGCUACUCUCGUCUUGGCUCUGCAGCUGCGAAUCACUCGGCCCGAUCAAAGACCCUGACCCCGUCGAACCUUGAUGAACUUUUCUCUGCUGAGAUCUCCUCUCCAAGGUACAAUUCUGAUCAGGGGUCUAUCUUCUUGCCAUCACACAGAACUGCUAUCCUCAACCAGUUCCAGCAGCAGCAGCAGAGCUUGCUCUCACCGAUCAGUACCAACGUGUUCUCGCCAAAAGCUGUGGACCACCAGCAGCUGCCUGGGCAGUCCUCUCUCUUGCAGGCCUCGCUUGGGAUCUCUUCUCCUGGCCGGAUGUCUCCCCGUGCCAUCGAACCACUCUCCCCAAUGAGCUCCCGGUUGGCUGCAUUUGCCCAGCGGGAGAAGCAGCAGCAGACACUGCGGAGCCUUAGCUCUCGUGAUCUUGGUUCUGGCUCAUCGCCAAUUGCAGGCUCCCCUGUGAACUCAUCAUGGUCCAAGUGGGCAUCGCCCUCUGGAACGUUGGACUGGGGUGUGAAUGGUGAGGAGCUGGGUCGGCUCAGGCGUUCCUCAUCUUUUGAGCUGCGGUCUGGUGGCGAGGAGCCGGACCUGUCCUGGGUCCAUUCAUUGGUCAAGGAAUCUCCACCUGAAAAAUUAGUUACAGCGGCGGCAACUUCUGUUGGACCACCGGUAUCACUUCCUGCUGGUGGAGGUGGUGGUGCUGGUGGUGCUGGUGAGGCUUCGAAUGCUAAUGCUCAGAUUGAUGGGCAUGAUCAAGCUGCGGUCCUGAGCGCAUGGCUUGAACAGAUGCAGCUGGAUCAGAUGGUAGCUUAGUAAAAAGGGCAAGUUUUUACUAAGCUGCAAGCGGGGGUACUGGUAGUAGUUAAUGGGUUAGUAAAUAAUUUUUUUCCGUUAUUCGGGAUGGCCAAGAUGGGAAAGAAGUUGAAGGGGGUAGUAUUCAGCGAUUCAUUUUUUAUUAUUACUUCAAGAGGAGUUUAGAGAGGUAAAAAGUGGAGGGAAUUUAUCUCUGGGUUAUUUAAAUUUCUACCCAGGUAUAUUACUCUCCUAUAGCUUGAAAUUUUCUUUACUUCUUUUUCUCUUUUCUUGAGCUCUCUAAAGCCAGAGUCUAUAUGUUUUAUUGCACUGAAACUUGUCUAGCCUUUCUCUUGCUCCCCUUAUGCUCUCUCUUCUGUUAAUUAUGAUUUUUAGGAACUUGGGAAAAGAAGAGAGGGGGAGCCCCGCUGGGGAGUUCUUAUGUUUUAUGACCUGGUCUAUUGUUGGGAUGAAGAGAAAAAUGAACUAUAAGAUUAUGCUGACAUGUCCUACUUGUGGAUUUGGAUUAUUCAUGCCGUUUUGGAGUAUCUGAUGGCAGGAAAAGGUGGUGCAUAAGUUCUCUGUAUGAUGUAACCUUUGAUUAAACUUUAUUGCUAUUAUUUCAAUUUCAUUUUCUUCGCCGUUCUUUCCA